AUGCCCCGACCCAACCGAAAGGCUGCAAUCUUAGGAUUGGACUGGGGAAGCAGCGCGAUUCGUGCUAGCAUCUUGCCCCGUGACACACUCAUGGUGCAUACAAUCUGGAACUCUCGUUCAACGCCUGCCCACGACGAACAUUAUCAGAAAGGCGCAUUCAAUUCAGCAUUAUAUCUGGAUGGUGUCGGGAAGCCCUACACAGGCGAGGCUCUCGACGAAGAUCGCGACCCAGUGCCAUCGAAGCCCUUUUUUUCCCGGUCCCCAGAGACUGGAAUCGACACGGUUGAUGCCUCGCUGAAUGGUUUGGAAGCAGACAUGAAAUGGGCACUAGUUAAUCGUGGAAUGGAGCAGAUCGUUGAGACGGUCUUCACUGAGAUUGAGAAGGUUUGCAGAGGCCAAAGCCUGGAAUUGCGUGGCCGCCUCUUCUACAUCGACGAGAUCGGACUGUCUUACCCUGCUCAUUGGAGGCUCGAAGAGCGGACACGGUACGAGCAGCUCCUUCGAAGGGUGAUGCCUGCAGUUUCAACCUUGAUCUCAGAGUCUAUCAAGCCGGACGUCGCAAUCAACUUCCAUGUUGAAAGCCUAGCAUCGGCGCACAUGUUGUUUUGGUCUCGACAGAUGAUUAUCGAUAUUAUCCCACCGCCACUCACUUCGAUGCUUCUUGUCUUUCUAGACUUUGGGGGCUACACCAUGCUGAGCUUUCCAUAG